UAGCUUGUACUAUAGCUCCCAAUGGCUCCCUCUCGAGGCUCUCAAGCUCCUCAGGCUCUGGCACGGACACUCCACGUUACCCUCGAUAGCCAUAAGGGACCCGUCAACGUCGCUCGCUACGCAAAAGGCAGCGCGAAAUACAUUCUUACUGGCGGCCAAGACCGUACAGUCCGACUCUGGAACGCCAAUCUGGGGACAGAAAUAAAAGCUUUCACCUCCCAUGGUUACGAAGUUCUAUCCAUUACAGUCGCUCACGACAAUGCAAAGUUCGCUUCCUCCGGUGGGGACCGCUCGGUAUUCGUAUGGGAUGUUGCUACUGGAGUGACUACUCGAAGGCUAGCCGGGCAUAUGGGCAAGAUUCAUGUCGUCGAAUUCAAUGAGGAUGCGAGCGUCGUUGCUGGCGGAUCCUUUGACUCUACAGUGCGCUUGUGGGACCUGAGGGCGCAAUCUCGUCGAGCCAUUCAAGUUCUGGAGGAGGCUAAAGAUGCGGUUCAAACAAUUUCCAUCGACUCAACCACUAUCACUACUGGAUCUGUCGAUGGACAUGUUCGAACUUACGACUUGCGUAAGGGAGAACUACGCUCUGAUUUCAUAGGCCAACCUGUAACAUCGGUCGUAGCUACGCAAGACGGCCAAACACUUCUCGUAACGACAUUGGAUUCACAUCUGCGGCUGAUGGAUAUGACCUCAGGGAAAAUGCUGAACGACUUUACUGGGCACACCAAUGUGUCAUAUCGCUGUCGUGGAUGCUUUGGACAUGGCGAGGCUUCUGUGAUAUGCGGAGACGAGAAAGGAAUGGUGUGGGCAUGGGAUCUUGUAGAUGCAAAACUCCUCCAACCGAAUCCUCCUCCGAAAGUGCACGAGAAGGUCAUUACGUGGACUGAACAUCAUCCAAGCGGCGAGGGGGAAAUGAUUACAGCCAGCGCUGAUGGAACGUGUAAGGUAUGGCGCCAUCCGGAGUGAGGUCGGUUCUUGGGACCUUGGAGGUUCACGACCACCGCCAGUAGCAGUAUAACAGUGCAAAAGUGCAAAUAGUA